AUGGCUUCAGAAAUCGACCCCUUCUUCUUCCCCUUCAUUCUGGGCCUAACCGCCGCCGGCCCAUCUCAAGAAACACCCGACCCGACCGGCCCACGUGGCCGGGUCGUCCUCAUCGACCUCCUAACACAGACCAUGGCCGUGGUCGAGGCCAACGCCGGCGCCGUAUUCGGGGACCUGUUCCCCGGAAAAACCGGCCCGAAGCCCGCCUCGAAAUCUGCCAUCGAGAGCCUGCCACGCGUCGAGAUCGGAACGGCCCAGAUCGACGGCGAGGAAGAGCCGUGUGCCGUGUGCCUGGAGGAGCUGAAAUGCGGCGAUCUUGCUAAGGAAAUGCCGUGCAGGCACAGAUUUCACGGUGGGUGUUUGGAGAAGUGGCUGAGGAUUAACGGGUGUUGUCCGGUUUGCCGGCACGAACUGCCGGCGGGCGGCGAGGAUGAUGACGUGGAGGGAAAAUCUCGCGGAGAGAGGGGUGAGAGAGAGAUUUGGGUGAGGUUCAGCUUUGGUGGUCUGAGGAAUCGAGAAAAUCAGGGAGAUUCUUUGGGUCAGCAAGAAAAUUUGGAUUAA